AUGAAUACUGUGCUCCUUUCAUUAUACGCCCUCUUCCUCCGGUCGGAGCCCUCGGCGGCACCAUAUGAUCCUCCAGUUAUGUGGCUAUCUUUGGCCCAUGGCAUCCGAACAGUACUAAAGACCGUCUAUGAUCAGUUGAUCACAAAUAAUUCGCCCCUAUGCCCCUUGCUUCAAGCCCAGCCCGCAAUCUGGAAAAGUGCCGAUCGCACCCAGCGAGUCUACAAUGGACCCAUGAAGCCAUUACAGUUCCUGCUUCACUACCGCCAAGAAGAUGACUGCAUGGACAGUGCAGCAUUCGCUGUUUAUGAAGAGGGCAUCGCAUAUUUGGGAAGAUUCUACAUUGAUGUGCAAAAAGGGAAGCCCGAUCAUGUACUCCGGCGCAUGUUCAGUGGCUUCCCUCCGGUCGUUCCUCAGACCUUCAUUGGUGUUGUUGCUGAGAGGAGACCGCGUGUCCUGUUUAUCUUGGCUUAUCUUUUUGCCCUGGUCAAGGAAUUUGAAGAUGUAUGGUGGCUUCGUGGGAUUCCCGAGCGAGAGGUACAAGGUAUUAGUAGUAUCAUCCCUGUUGAGUGGAAGUGCAUGAUGAUUUGGCCUCUACGCGUCAUAUCUACAGGGACGACAUAUGGCGAGGAGGUGUCAAUACCUAUGACCAAUGUGCUUGUAUCAUGA